AUGUCGCUCAAGCAAGAAAUCGAAACAUGGGUUCAGGCCCUAAUGGCUUAUGACAACCAGGAGUUUGAGGAGGCGCUACGGAAUUUCGACCAGAUCGCCGAUACGUCGAAGAUUCUAUUCAAUUGCGGCGUGAUAUACGCAACACUCGGCCAGCACGAUAAAGCAGUGGAAUGCUAUCAACGAGCCGUCGGCUUGGAUCGGUACCUCGCCAUUGCAUAUUUCCAGCAGGGCGUUUCCAACUUCCUGUUGGGUGACUUUGAAGAAGCAUUGGCCAAUUUCAACGAUACUUUGUUGUAUCUGCGAGGAAAUACAUCGAUUGACUAUGAGCAGCUCGGACUUAAGUUUCGUCUGUAUUCGUGCGAGGUGUUGUUUAAUCGUGGCCUCUGCUAUGUCUACCUCCGACAGAUGGGUCCUGGAAUGCAAGACCUGGAGUACGCGGGAAAGGAGAAGGUCACUACAGACCACGAUGUGAUCGAUGAUGCGAUACGUGAGAAUGCAGAGGGGUACACCGUGUUCUCCAUUCCCGUGGGUGUUUUGUAUCGCCCCAAUGCCGCCAAAGUCAAGAACCUCAAAACCAAGGAUUAUCUGGGCAAGUCUCGACUUGUUGCAGCAUCCGAUCGAAACCAAGGAUCAGACCAUCAAUGGAAACCCAUGGUAAUAGACAAAACGGCCCUCGAAGAGCGCGAGGGUGUGUCUUUUGCUGCUACCAACUUGGUCCAUAAGAACUUGAGCAGUCGCACUCGUCAGCAAUCAGAACCACCAUUGAACCGCAAUGUAUUUCCACCAACACCGCCGCCGGAUGACCGAUCAACCAACGGAUCCACGGGAGGAUCUACACAUCACCGAUCAUCGUCUCUUCGAGCAGCCCGACCGCCCCGACUAGACCUGGCAGCGACAGGAGCGGGCUUGGAUCGUCGGCCAGGAGCACAAGCAAUCGGACCCCAGGUUCCAGAGAAACCGCGAAUCGGUACGACACGCACUGCCUCAGAGCCCCGUGGACCGACAUCACGGCAGCAAAAUAUGCGAGGCUUCGUCCAAGACUCCAGUCGAGGAGCCUGGCCCCGCGACCCGGGAGGGCACCGACGAAACCUCAGCGACACCAGCUUCCCGACAGACCCAAAUUACACACAGAUAGAUCAAUACAGCACGUACUCAAGUCCCCAAAACCUAUCCAGUGCAGGCUGGGGCCGCGGAAGCCGACACCAGCCACCGCAAUUCAUCAACGAGGAGGACGAGUACGGCAGCGACGAAUGUGACGGCGAACCCUUAAACGAUGGAGGCUUCGAGAUAGUAGGAACUGCCCCCAGCGGGUCCGGAGCAUCUCCUCUACAGCAACGGCGGACGAGAUCACCAGCACGGUUCUCGCGACGCGCAAACUCACGAAGACCGGAGGUUCGACGGUUCCGCACGAAGGUGCAUGCUCCAGACGAUAUUCGGUAUAUCAUGAUCGGGCCCACAGUUGAGUUUGCCGAAUUUGAGAGUCGAAUUCGAGAGAAAUUCGGCUUUCAGUGUCCGUUGAAGAUGAGGGUGCAGGAUGAUGGCGAUAUGAUUACCAUGGUGGACCAGGAGGAUCUGGAUUUGCUGCUCAGCUCGGCCCGGGAGGUUGCCCGUCGGGAGGGUAGUGAGAUGGGCAAAAUGGAGGUCUGGGUGGAAGAGCGGUCCAUGAUCUAG